CUUGGCUGUCACUGUCACUGUCAAACUAACACGGUUAUUUCAUUGCGGCGUUUCUUGUUGCCGAAACCGAAAUCUAUCAUAAAAUACAUUGAAUAUUUAUUAAUCUUUAUAAUGGCGGUGAACAGUGCCACGUCCUUCGUGUUAUCUUCAAUUUUGACUCUCCUCAUAUUUUCGGGGAUGCAGAUGUACAAACCGCUUUUGAUAAGGUCACCAGUGACUAUAAUAUUCGGUGGCUAUCUCGGUUCAUUGAUGUUCAUGUUCUUCGUUACAGCUAUAGGUAACUUAGAAGCAACAUUAUUUGGCAAGAACUUCCAACUGAAGUUGCCCGAAGUAGUCAUUUCUAUGGCUAUUUCUUUAAUCGCUGCUGGUAUGGUGCACAGAAUCUGCUUCACUACAUGCUUAAUAUUCUCUCUAAUAACAAUCUACUACAUGAACAAGUUAUCACAAAAGACGUAUGCGGCAUCAGCCCCAGUUGCAGUGCCCACCAAGAGUCGACGCCACAAAUGAAUUGCUAAUUAUAAGUGAUUUUUUAUAUACUUCCCAAUUAAAAUCAUUUCAUAAAAAAUC